UCCUGGGGCUUUAAGGGGAGGGCCCCGAGCUCACGUGCCUGGCCGCGUCAUUCUCGUGCGCCCAGAGCCUAGUUCUCCACGUGGGUUCCGCAGAGAAACUCGCGCUGGAGAUCAUGGCGGGAACCGAGGCUGGGGACGCGGCGGGAGCCGAGGCCCCACAGCCUCAGAAGCGCUACUACCGGCAGCGGGCUCACUCCAACCCCAUGGCGGAUCAUACGCUGCGCUACCCUGUGAAACCAGAGGACAUGGACUGGUCUGAGCUAUACCCAGAGUUCUUCGCUCCAUCGCCUCAAAAUCAGAGCCACGACGACCCAAAGGAUGAGAAAGAAAAGAGAGCUCAGGCCCAAGUGGAGUUUGCAGACAUAGGCUGUGGCUAUGGAGGCCUGUUAGUGGAACUGUCACCGCUGUUCCCAGACACGCUGAUUCUGGGUCUGGAGAUCCGGGUGAAAGUCUCAGACUAUGUACAAGACCGGAUCCGGGCCCUGCGAGCCGCUCCUGGAGGUGGUUUCCAGAACAUCGCCUGUCUCCGCAGCAAUGCCAUGAAGCACCUUCCUAACUUCUUCCGCAAGGGCCAGCUGGCAAAGAUGUUCUUCCUCUUCCCUGACCCACAUUUCAAGCGGACGAAGCACAAGUGGCGAAUCAUCAGCCCCACACUGCUGGCAGAAUAUGCCUACGUGCUGAGAGUUGGGGGACUCGUGUACACCAUAACCGACGUGCCGGAGCUGCAUGAGUGGAUGUGCACCCACUUUGAAGGCCACCCCUUGUUCCAGCGUGUGCCUCUGGAGGAGCUGAGUGAAGACCCCAUUGUGGGACAUCUGGGCACCUCAACCGAGGAGGGAAAGAAAGUUCUACGCAAUGGAGGAAAGAACUUCCCAGCCAUCUUCCGAAGAAUACAGGAUCCCUCCCUCCAGGCAGUGACUCCCACUCCUACCCCUCCUGGUCACUGACUUUGCCUUCGUCUUAGCGGAGCCCCAUGUUUGGGGGGCUGGAAAGGAGAUCAGGCCCUUGGACCUUCCCAGCUGAGCCUGCUACGCAGAGAGCAGGCAGCAGUCUCUCAAGUUGAAGAGCUGCCCAGGGCAGGACCCUGGGGUUCGGGACUGCCCCAGACCCCUCUCACCAUCGUGCGCUUCCAGGGGCAGCAGAAAGCCAAAGCAGCUGACUGGGAAGGUCAGAAGACCUUGGGCCAGAAGGGAUCCUUGGAAAGGAGUGGGGCUUGCUCUUCCUUAGCACUCCCUUCUCCUAGGCGCUCUCCUUCUCAGCUGGAGCGAGGAAUGCAGUUCUCCACGGUCCAUCUAAACUGCCUGCUAGACUCAAAUCACCUGCCCGCUCACGUUUGCUUUCCAGUUCUGAGGCUAACAUGUACAUGUGUGUGCAUACACAUGCUGCUGUUUUUGAAGAAAGGCUAGAGUGUGGAUCACUCCCAUCCUCUCCCGGCCUAAGACCUGACCCGGGGAAUUCCUGCUCCCUUUGUUCUUGCUGUCUCUGGAGAUCCUGGGAGGGUGCGGUGGUGGAGACCCCCUCCCUCCUCAUGUUGACCUUUGCUUUAAUUUCAGAGCUGGCUGACUAGCACUGAACCUGCUUAUGGAGGGCGGGAGUAAGGAGCAGAGAGCUGAACUGGGGAGGAUUCUGAGGCUAAAAGUGGAAAGGGGCUGCUGACUAGAAACACCCCCCCCCCCCCACACACACACACACACACAGGAGACUGAGUCAGCUGGAGAGUCAGAAUUCUCGCUUAACCCUUGCUCUGUCCAGGAGCCCAGAAAAAUCUCUCAACUUUUCUAGUUUGCAAUAGGGUUCUUCAUUUCUGCUCCUCAAGUCCCACAUUCCCAUGGCUGGUAGGACAGGGCUUGUUGACCCAAAAGACCAACCCCCCUCUCCCCAAGGAAUAAAAAUGAAGGCUCCUGAAACCAUUUUAA